UACAAAAAUGCCGCGACCUAAAAAUAUUAUUCUUUUAGAUAUGUUCAAUACAAAUGAAUCAAACGAAGUUGUGUGUAAUUUGCAAAGUUGUAAGAACAAGAUUUUAAGUGUACAUUCCGGAAAUAUAGAAAGACACUUAAAGAGAUCACAUCCUGAGCAAUAUGCAAACUAUAUUGAACAAAAACGUGCAAUGAAAUUACAAAAUUGUGUUAACGAAGUAUUACUGCGAAGAAAUGUAAAUCCGAGGAACAUCGAACUAGCAAUAGUGGAACUAUUCACCAAAAAUGGACGUCCUCUGCACAUGGCCGAAGAUAGGGCCUUCAAAAUUCUUAUGGAACCAGUUUUAAGUUUGCUCGGAAUAACAGUCAAUGAGCAUAAUAUAAUGGAACGAAUUAUCGCAUUUUCCACAAAUAUUAAAACGGAAAUAUCUAAUGAUUUAAAAGGGACAUUGUUUUCUCUUAAGAUUGAUGUAGCAACCAGGUGGGAUUUGAGCAUGCUCGUAAAAGAAUUGAAAUCAAGUCAUACCGGUGAAUAUAUAAAAUCUAUUAUAUUGGAAGUUCUAAGAGAAUAUGGUGUUGAUGUACGCAACAUUUUUACCAUUACAACCGACAAUGGAUCUAACAUGUUAAAAAAGGUAAAAGUGCUGAAUUCGGAGUUACAAAUGCUUAUGGAAGAGGAAUCUCAGGAUAGCGAAGAAGAAGUUGAUUGUGAACAAUCGAUUUAUGAAAUUGAGCCAAUCGACUUUAAUAUAUCCUCACACCAUAUUACUAACAUUCGUUGUGGUGCCCAUACGCUGCAGCUGUGUACUCGUAGUGAAAAAACUUCGAAGUAA